CCUGGGCGCCCCCCCGCUGCUGCAGCCUCGCCCUAAGACUCUGGUGAGACUCUGGCCUGGCCUCCCCGCCAGGGACCCCCGGGUGGCGAUGAGCCCCUGUGGGAGAGCCUGGAGACACCAGUCCAGAGGAGCCAUGGCAGUUCUGGCGUGGAAGUGUCCAAGGACCCGGCUGCCUGUGGGUGCCAGUGCUCUCUGCAUCGUGGUGCUCUGCUGGCUCUACAUCUUCCCGGUGUAUCGGCUGCCAAAUGAGAAGGAGAUCGUACAGGGCGUCCUGCAACAGGGCACUGCUUGGAGGAGGAACCAGACAGCCGCCAAAGUCUUCAGGAAACAGAUGGAGGACUGCUGUGACCCUGCCCAUCUCUUUGCUAUGACUAAAACGAAUUCCCCCAUGGGGAAGAGCAUGUGGUAUGAUGGAGAGUUUUUAUACUCAUUCACCAUUGACAAUUCAACUUAUUCUCUCUUCCCCCAGGCAACCCCAUUCCAGCUGCCCCUGAAGAAAUGCGCAGUGGUGGGAAAUGGUGGGAUUCUGAAGAACAGUGGCUGUGGCCAGCAAAUAGAUGAAGCCAAUUUUGUCAUGCGGUGUAAUCUUCCACCCUUGUCAAGUGAAUAUAUCAAAGAUGUGGGAUCCAAAAGUCACUUAGUGACUGCUAACCCCAGCAUAAUUAGACAAAGGUUUCAGAACUUAUUGUGGUCCAGAAAGACAUUUGUGGACAACAUGAAAAUUUAUAACCACAGUUACAUCUACAUGCCUGCCUUUUCUAUGAAGACAGGAACAGAGCCAUCCCUCCGGGUUUAUUAUACACUGUCAGAUGUCGGUGCCAAUCAAACAGUGUUGUUCGCCAACCCCAACUUUCUACGUAAUAUUGGUAAAUUCUGGAAGAAUAGGGGAAUCCAUGCCAAGCGCCUGUCCACGGGACUUUUUCUGGUGAGCGCAGCUCUAGGGCUUUGUGAAGAGGUGACUCUCUAUGGCUUCUGGCCUUUCUCUGUGAAUAUGCAUGAACAGCCCAUCAGCCACCACUACUACGAUAAUGUCUUGCCCUUUUCUGGCUUCCAUGCUAUGCCCGAGGAAUUUCUCCAACUCUGGUAUCUUCAUAAAAUCGGUGCACUACGAAUGCAGCUUGAUCCCUGCGAGGAUGCCUCACUCCAGCCCACUUCCUAGGGAUAAUGGAAGAAAAAAAGAUUGAGCCAGGGUAUUUUUGUUACAUUUUAUACAUGAAUCCAAAAAGAGAAAUGGUCAAGUUGUUUCAUGGAUAGUCAUGGGCAACUUGGAGGGAAAAAAAAAAAGAAAAAACGGAAGAAAAUUCCAAAGGAAACCUUCUUUCAAUGUUGACUUGAAAACAAGCAAGAAAUGAAAGUCUAUGAAAUAUUUUAUAAAACAUAACUUUGUAGACAGUAAAAUACUGAUGAAUGAUGUUGGUAAAGAAUUUUUACAUGGUUCAUAUCUAAAGGAUGUCAUUUAUAAACAGGAUGGAACUCUGGUUGUUGGAUCCAAGAAAGAAUUCCAAGUGGAUUAAAGGAAAUAAUAGUGCUAGGAAAAUUGCAGUUGAUUAUCAACACAAACUGGAUUAACUUUUAUAAAAAAAAAAAAGACUGUCCUAUUAAGACUGGCAUUAGGACCAUAGGUUUUAAUAUAUAUUUAUUUUUGCUCUGUUUAGGGGCAGUGAGUAUGCAAUGGAGUAGAUUUUUUUUAAAUCCCUUACAGAGUAAUAAGGGUACAAAAUGCUUAUGGCUGAUCAUUGUGAUUUGUUGAGCCAAGUCUAUGUUACCUAGAGUUCCCUCCUUUUUAAUGGUUAAAAACAAAUGCUUCCCCCACUUCUGUCAAGUCCUCUUAGAUAAUGUGAAACAUUGUUGAAUUUAGAUUGUGUUGAUUCUUAGUCCGGAUAAUAUGAGCCACUUUACCUCCUUUUCAUAAACUCAGUUCACAUUCA